CGCCGUGCCUGCACCCGGCGUGGAGUAGACGCGCAAUAUUUGAGGCCGCAGCCAGUCCUCUGCUGUCAGUUGUAGAGCGCGGCGUGCACGGCGUGCACCUCUGGCGUGCACCGCAGUGGUCCUUCGGCUGUCGCGAUACGACCCGUGCAAGUCGCGCCGCAAACAUGUCGGGCCUAGCCGCCAACUACUACUACCUCCAAGCUGAACCGGGUUACAGUCUGAAAAUUUUGGUGCACCCAAAUCCCUUAUACCGAUUGAGAUAUGUAAAAGAAAUGACGAGUUUUCACGGAGCUCUGAAAGGUUUUAAUGCUCCCUAUCCGAAGGUUCAGCUUCAACACCCUACUCUGACUGAAGAUGAAAGUGAGACUGAAACUUUCAUUCGGGCUUCUGUGUUUACUGCUUCUUGUGAACCCCAUGUUCAUAGAAUUGUCACCAAAGAAUCAGGCACAACUAAUUGGGGGCUCAGAUAUUACACAGAUAUUAAUGUAUCUUCUCAGAACGACUUUCAGGCAGAAUUUAGGAACUUAAUCAUUAUACGAAGAAAUAAAUCUGAAUGGAUUGAAGAGGAAGUCACAAGGCUAAAGAAUGAAUGCAUGUGCACAGAUUUGCCCAUUCCCGUGGAGGAAUUUACAAACCAGGCUCAGGAGGCAUGGAAAAGGCUGCAAACGGAGCUUCGCCAAUUUAGAUUGGGCUUCUAUGCCUACAAGCGCGGCUGCCCUACCCCACUUUGUGGACCUCUAUUUUCAAGUGUGAUUUCUAAUCAAGAGGAGGCUCCACCAGAAAGAAAGGGGGGGAGGGGAGUGGUCAUGGCCUUCCCUGCCAGCCUUCCAGUUGAUGCUAAUGUUGGGAAGCUACAAAUUGAUAGAAUGUCAGCCUACUCUGGGAAAAGUGGGGAUGAACUGAUCCUUCUUGUCUCAAAGAUAGCACAAAAAUCCCAAGUGAAAGCUCGCUUCUUUGAGGGUGACCCAGACACACCAUCAUGGGAAGAAUAUGCACAGGAAGUUCAUCUUCAUCACCAAGUGGCACUAAUUGUAUCAGUGCCACCAUACAGAGAAGAUAUUAAAGCUGAAGUUCAAGUCCAAUUAGAACGAACUAAAAGUGAUGGGUCUAAAAGCAGAAGUGAAGCAAGAAAUUUUUCAUACAGACCAUCAAAACUGUCUGGGAAAAGGAGGCUCUCAACUUCUCCAAACUGCAACAGUCUUGGAAACGAAAGGAGAUCAAGGACAAUAGGUGGGAGUUUUUCAGAAGAGAAUAUACAAGUUCAAAGAGAAGAACAGCAAUUGAAUGCGGUGCAGUCCUGUCCUAAUGUCAACUGGCAAAAUCAAGGUUCCGAUCUGCAAACUUUCCUGGUUGAAGGAAGCAGCUCAUCACAGAAUAUACACCAGCAGCUAGCUGAAUGUUAUCUCAGUGAUAGUCAAGAGAUGGCAUCCAGCAUUGAUUGCAACAACGGACAAUGUUUGGACGGAUCAUCAGUGGUUGCCGAGAGUUUUGAGCCAAACAACCAACAAUAUUCUGGGCUACAAAUGGCAGGUUUACCAGAGUUUCCAAGUUUUGGGCCAAACAACCAAGGAGCUGAAGCUUUACUGGACCCAUUGCCAGCAGAAUUAGAUGUUUUUAGCUGGAAUGUCUUUUUGCCCUCUGCAAAUGCUUGGUCAAACGUUACUUGGGGAGUUGAUCUAGUAGCUGAUUCCACUGACGAGAAAAAGAAGACAACAGGUAAAGAGACGCACAAUGUUGUCACUGAUGGUGUUGGUAAAAUCAAUGUUUGUAGGAGCAAAUCAUUGGAACACAACAAAGACAUGAGUUGCUCAUCUGCCCCAAUACAACAAGCACAAGCAUGCAUCAGGCUUUUCCAAUUUGCAAUGACUGGCAAUGCAAAAGAAUUAGAAAAACUCUUAAAAUGCAUGACGACAAUGCAGAAAAGGAGAUGGAUCAAUGAGACAAAUGGACAAGAACAGACACCUCUCAUUAUUGCUGUUGAGCAAAAUCAUAAUGAAUGUGUCAAGCUUCUUUGCUUGGCAGGUGCUAAUGUUAAUCUAGCAGAUGAAGAAGAGAACACUUCCUACCAUAUUGCAGCAAAGAAAAACUAUAACAAAUGCCUGGAAACACUUCUGAAAGUUGAGGACAGAGAACUUGACAAGAAAAACAUUAAAGGUGAGGCAGCUCUCCAUUUGGCUGUCCUGUCCAACAAUGUAAAAAGUGUGGCAUUGCUCAUAGCAGCAGGAGCCAAUGUGAAUGAAAAAAAUUGCACUGCUGGAUCUACACCUCUACAUUUAGCUGUUCAGUAUGGAUACACCGAACUAGUCCACCAUCUGUUAGAACAAAAAAAUAUAAAAAUUGAUGAAGUAAACUAUGCGGACAAAACAGCUGCUGGAGUAGUAAAAGCUGAUCAAAGGAUCAUUAUCAAUCUAUUCAAAGAGCUGCAGGGUUUCGCAGUGACUAUCGAAGAAGAGACAACAGAUGAAGAUGAAUAAUAUAAGGGCAGUUAGUUCAGCAAUUCAUUGUGUCAUACGUUUGCAACAAAACAAGAACCGGAACCCUGCACUUACAUGAUUGUCCAUGCGUCAUUCACAUUUAUACGUCAGAUAUUUUUUCUUACUAUUGUAUUAUUUCUUUUUUGCUAUCAAUAAACGUACAUAGUCUUUCAA